GCCCGACGUCCGGUGCGUGAUGACGUCAGCGGCGGCGUGCCCCUGUGCCUGAGCCGAGGAGACCCCGCAGCGAGCUGCCAACGCCCGGCGGAGACUCUGAGGUUCUCAUUGGAGUUGAUAUUCUAGUUGACUUCAGCAAUGCAGACGAUCAAGUGCGUAGUCGUGGGUGAUGGUGCUGUCGGUAAAACCUGUCUCUUAAUUUCUUACACAACAAAUAAAUUCCCAUCGGAAUAUGUACCAACGGUUUUCGAUAACUAUGCUGUAACAGUGAUGAUUGGAGGAGAGCCUUACACCCUAGGCCUCUUUGAUACUGCAGGUCAGGAAGACUAUGAUAGAUUACGACCCCUCAGCUAUCCACAGACAGAUGUAUUUCUGGUCUGUUUUUCAGUGGUGUCUCCUUCUUCAUUUGAAAAUGUGAAAGAAAAGUGGGUACCUGAAAUUACUCACCACUGUCCAAAGACUCCUUUCCUGCUUGUUGGGACCCAGAUUGAUCUAAGAGAUGAUCCCUCAACAAUUGAGAAACUUGCCAAGAAUAAGCAGAAGCCCAUAACUCCAGAGACGGCUGAAAAACUGGCCCGGGACCUGAAGGCUGUCAAAUAUGUGGAAUGCUCUGCACUUACGCAGAAAGGCCUAAAGAAUGUAUUUGACGAAGCGAUAUUGGCUGCCCUGGAGCCUCCGGAGCCGAAGAAGACUCGCAGGUGUGUGCUGCUAUGAACAUCCCUCCAUGGCCCCUUCUGCAAAGCUGGUGUUUGAUGUCAUACUAAAAGCAAUGUUUAAAUCAAACUAAAGAUACAAAUUUUAAAAUUUGUUUUCGCAAUAAUGACAAAUGCCCUGCACUCCCAUCUCCCCCACACGAUCCUUGUGUGAGAUGAGAAUGUUAGUGUUUAUUCCCCAGUGCCCCCUCAAUUCAGUUAAACUAGUUAAUUUUGAGUAAUUAUGUAUUAUCAGAAAACACUGAUCAGUACUAGUUUUUUAUUUUGUUUACUGUUUCUAAUUUUUGUUUAAAAUCCAGGCAUGCUUGUGAUGACUUUUUCCGUAACAGACUAAUUCUAGGCUGUUUUACUGAAGCCUUGUCCCCUAUGCAAGUCUGGCAAGACUUGGUUCUGGUUUCAAGAACUUCUGGGGCUUAUCUGCAGCCAGCCAGCAGCCUGGGUGUGAGAAGACUUUAGUACUAAGAGAAAUACAGGAAAGUAAAAUGUCCCAAGCUGGUGCUCCUCUAAGGAGGAGUGUAGAAAAUGUAUCUGCAUCUCCUCUGAAGUUGCCUUGUAUCUCUUCCCCUGGCUUUCCACUGUGCAGGUCAUGAAUUUCUACCCCAUCCUCUAAGUUAUGAAGCCUUAGGAAUAGGAGAAUCUUUUUCUCUGGAUGCACCAUCAGACUUGAAACUAGCUUGCCAGUCUCUUUCUUAAUCUUUCACAUUCUAAGCUUUUGUCACGUGGUGAAGAAGUAACGGCAUCUUUUCAAGCACGCCCAACUGAUGCAGUUGGCUUUUAACAAAUCCAUCUCUUGCCAGUCCUUAAUUAUUAGAGAAACUUUACUGUGACCAGUGUAUGCACUGCUCUUUGGACACUCUGAAGGCAGGUGGUGUAUGUUAAAAGACGAGUUCUGGAGCUGGCCCUGGUGGUGCAUCUCUUGCUGGAUGGUUUGUCAUCCUUCAGGGAGGGGUGGAAAGCUAGACCUGUGUCAGUAGGAGGGGGCUGCAGGGAAGGGUUUCUAGUGUUUAGCGUGGCACCAUAUAGGGACCAGUUGAGGGAAUCCCCUUUUUCUGCAUUGUGCUUCUAAGUAACCUUGAACCUGUAAGAUUGGCUCCAGCCCGCUGAAGAUUGUGUGCGGGGUCUUUAUGUAGACUGACUGCAACGUUGGAGGGAUUUUACCAAAAAUAUAUUUCGGCUUGCAAAUUCGAAGUUUUUUAAGACUUAAGGAAUCUUCUCCAUCUUCCAAAAUUCCGAUUUCUUGUAGACUCAUUAGUGUUGAACCAAUGCUUUUUCAUGUCUAAGUUCUUUGUAUAUGCAUUCUUUUCAGAUGUAUUAAACAUAAAGUAUCUUCACAA